GCGCUGACAGCGUAAAUUUAACUUACUGGCAUGGUCUGGAAAGCAGAAGCAGCAGUAUAAUGGUGCCGAAACGGGAUACCGGUUCCCAAGGAGCGAAGGCGGUACUUUCAGCAGCUACCACAGUAUCUACCAACACAUCUUCCAGUUCAGAAGAAGUUGUGAAGCCGUCACUGCGCAGAGCCACAGAAACCUGUGGGGUCGGCUGUCUGAACGGAGGCCAUUGCGGCCAUGCAAAUUCCUGCAACUGCAGUUUAUACCAAGCAACCGGAAUCCGCUGCCAGACAGUUCCGAAUUCGGGGAUGGAAAGGGAGAUGACCUGCCGGACAUGGGGACAGUACAAUUACGAGACCUUCGAUGGGCUAUACUACUACUUCCCAGGCAGCUGCACCUACACCCUGGUCCGAGAUUGUGAAGAAACUACGCAGUCCAGCAUUGUCAUCCAGGUGCACAAUGAUCCCGACUGUCCCAGAUCGCCGUACUCAUGUGCGCGAUCAGUCAGCCUCUUCCUGCCAUGGGAGGGGGAGAUCAGAUUGAAAAAGCACGACGUAACUUUCAGAGGACAGAGCUUGCAGCUCCCACACAGCGUUCAUGACGUCGAGCUAGAAAGGAUAUCCCAGUAUAUUCUGGUGACGCAGCCACAUGGAUUUACCUUGGCCUGGGAGGGCCACAGUUCCUCUGUCUACAUCAAGAUGAGUCCAGAGUAUGUGGGCAGGACCUGUGGUCUGUGUGGGAACUUCAAUGCUGACGUCCAGGAUGACCUCAAAACCAGCUAUGGGCUGUUCACUGAGGACCUGGCCGUGUUUGGCAACAGCUGGAUGGACGUGGAUCCCCAGCGGGCUGCCUGUCCCUUGGUACCUUCCCGCUAUCCCUCCCCAUGUUCUGCGCUCGACCCCAACACGCUGCAGAAAGUGAUGGAGGUGUGUGCAUCUUUGCUUGAGGAUCCCUUUAAGAGCUGCCACGAGUUUGUGAGCCCGUUUCCCUACAUGGCCAGUUGCUCAAAUGAUCUUUGCCUGUUGGGUUCGCAUAAUGAGGCAGUGUGUCAGGUGCUGACGGAAUACGCCAGGGCCUGUGCCCAUGCUGAGCGCCCCCUAGAGGGCUGGCGGGACCAUAUGCCGCAGUGUGUCGUCUCGUGUCCCCCAGAAUUGAUCUACCAGGAGUGCAUCUCAUGCUGCCCAGUGUCCUGCAGUGUAGAUCGCCUCUGCAUCGACAGCAGGCUGCAGUGCCUGGACGGCUGCUACUGCGGCGAAGGUGAGAUCUACAAGAACGGCAGCUGCAUGAAGGCCUUAGACUGCCCUUGUGAGCACCACGGGAUGGUUUACCUUCCGGGCCAGACCAUCCAGGAGGAGUGCAACACCUGCACCUGCCUGGGGGGACUGUGGAACUGCUCAGAGCACAGCUGUCCAGGGGAGUGCUCCGUCACGGGAGACAUUCACUUCGAGACUUUCGACGGACGCGUUUACACCUUCCAUGCCACGUGCCAGUACGUCCUGGCCAAGAGCCGCAACUCGGGGAGGUUUACCGUCACCAUACAAAAUACUCCAUGUGGACCGAAUCUCGAUGGCGCUUGCAUCCAGUCUGUUACCGUGGUCAUGGAUGAGGACCCAAAGGCCGAAGUCACCAUGACCCACGGGGGCGAGGUGUUCGUGGCCGGCCAGUACAGGAUCUCCCUGCCUUACUUGGACGAGGUGUUUCAUAUCCAGGAGCUGUCCUCCAUGUUCCUGCAGGUGAGGGCAGCCCACGGGCUCCUUCUGCAGUACAACUGGGGGGAGUUCCGGCUGUACCUGCAGGUGGACGAGUCCUGGAAGGACGACACCGUGGGGCUGUGUGGCACCUUCAAUGGGAACAGUCAAGAUGACUUCUUCUCCCCCUCAGGUAUGAUAGAGAGCACGCCACCGCUGUUCGGAAACUCCUGGAAACUGUCCUCGGCCUGCGUGCAAAGCCCCAGCGUCCCGCAACUCGAUCCGUGCGACACACACCAGCAGGCAGCUUCUUACGCGGCCGAGAUGUGCGAGCUCCUCAACCAGGCCCCGUUCUCGGCCUGCCACGCGCUCCUGAGCCCGCUGCCCUUCCAGCAGCGCUGCAGGGCCGACACGUGCAAGUGCGGCCGGCCGUGCCUCUGCUCGGCUCUGGCGGGCUACGCCCGCGGCUGCAGGAAGCACGGCGUCACGGUGGACUUCAGGACCCAUGUGCCAGAUUGCGCCAUCACCUGCCCAGAGACGAUGGUGUACGGGACAUGCGUGUCGUCCUGUGAGCGCCGCUGCCCGUCCGCCGCCGUCGCCCAGCACUGCGGGGGGGAGUGCGAGGAGGGCUGCGUCUGUGCCCUAGGCACUUUCUACAGCAGCCGGACCCGCACCUGCGUCGACAGGAGCAGUUGCCCUUGUGUCUUCUUGGGGGCCGAGUACGCACCUGGGGACGUGGUUCUGAGCUCAUCAGGUGUUCACGUCUGUCGGGAUGGUAAGAUGGUGCCCCAAAGCUCUGACAUUGAUAAGACAUGUCCGCCUGGCCAGCUGUACCAUGACUGUGCAGACUUAGAUGGCAGGCUGCCUGCAAGCAAGGGGGUGGAGUGUGAGCAGACCUGUGAAACCUACCUGCUCAACCUCACCUGCUCCACCCACGAACCCUGUGUAGCUGGCUGUGUCUGCCCCUUGGGCCUUCUGAGGCAUGGCGAUGAGUGCUUUGAACCUGAAGCCUGCCCUUGCGUAUGGAAAGGGAAAGAGUUCUUUCCUGGGGACAAAGUGACCUCUCCGUGUCACCACUGUGUCUGCCAGCACGGGACGUUUCAGUGUGAAUUCCGGCCCUGUCCGUCCAUGUGCACCGCCUACGGAGACCGCCAUUACAAGACCUUCGACGGGCUGCAGUUCGACUACGCCGGAGCCUGUAAGGUCUACCUGCUGAAGAGUGAUGUCGAUGCAUCUGUGAGUGUAACCACUGAAAAUGUGGACUGUUUCGACAGUGGAGUCAUCUGUCGCAAGUCCUUGGUGAUAAGCAUCGGGAAAUCCGUCGUCGCUUUCGACGAUGACAGUGGAAAGCCAAAUCCCACAAGCCUGAUCGACAGCCAGCAAGGCCUGUUCAUCUGGCAGGCGGGAUAUUUCACCAUCCUGCACGUGCCCAAUGAGGAUCUCACGGUGAUGUGGGACACGAAGACCACGGUGCACAUCCAGGCUGGUCCACGCUGGCAGGGAAAGCUGGUAGGGCUGUGUGGAAACUACGACCUGAAAACGGUGAAUGAGAUGAGAACCCCAGAAAACAUCGAGUCUGCGACGCCGCAAGAGUUCGGAAACAGCUGGACGACAGCAGAGUGUGUGAACAGCCCUGAUAUCAGACACCCCUGCAGCCUGAGCCCUCUUAGGGAGCCCUUUGCCAAACGGCAGUGUGGGAUACUGCUCAGUGAGGUGUUCCAGCUCUGCCACCCAGUGGUUGAUGUCACCUGGUUCUACAUGAACUGCCUGACGGACACGUGUGGCUGCAGCCGCGGGGGUGACUGCGAGUGCUUCUGCACCAGCGUGUCGGCCUAUGCCCAUCGCUGCUGCCAGCUGGGUGUUUCCGUGGACUGGCGCUCGCCCGCCAUGUGCCCUUAUGACUGCGAAUUCUACAACAAAGUUCUGGGAAAAGGUCCCUACCGAUUACUCACUUACAGGGAGAAAGACACCCUUCUGGCUGCUAACUCGUCAGGCGGGGUGGUCUUCUCACUGAAGGGGGUCUCGCCAGCCACUGGAGUGACCACACUCUUCAUGAUGACCCCUGGCUUGAGCAGGGCGCGACCUCACGACCCAUCUCUGGUGUCCUUCGAAGCAGCCGAAAGGCCAAAUUUCUUCCUGCGUGUGGGUGGGGACGGCCUGCUGCGGCUAACCAAGUGGGAGGACAGUGAGCGGUUCUGGGACGAGUCCACCUACGUCCUGCAUCGGGACACCUGGAUCAGUGGCUACGACUCACUGGAGUCAUUCGCCGUGCGUGGCCACUUCCUGCACUCGGCGUCACCCAGGCUGCGCCUCGCAAAGUACAGCCACAGCGCCAGCUUUCGCAGGUCCAUCCUCUUCAGGCUGAUGGGCACUAACUCGGGCACAUCUAUGGGUCCUCGCUGUCAGUGGCGGUAUGAGACAUGCUUCAGCGCCUGCUUCAGGACCUGCAGUGACCCUUAUGGCCAAACAUGUACCACCAUUCCAAAAGUGGAGGGAUGUCUUCCUCAAUGUCCUGGACACAUGGUCCUGGAUGAGGUGACCCAGAGAUGUGUACACUUGGAGGACUGCAUCAGGCCAGCAGUUGCCAUUGAGGCCAUGACUGCCCGCAGCACAGUGGAGGCACCUGCAGCUGUCACUUCAGCGGCCGCUGUGUCCACCGCAGCCCCCUCCUCGGGGCACUCCAUAUCUCCGGCCACCCCGACGUCAGCCCCCUCCUCGGGGCACUCCAUAUCUCCGGCCACCCCGACGUCAGCCCGCUCCGAGGAGACCACAGGACCUGAGGAGGCCAGGGUGACCACUGUGGUGGAGGUGCUAACCCCGUCAGUCAUCCCUUCGCCUCCAAAAGUUGCCACCACACUUCAUCCCGAGGCGUCCACCAGCAGUUGGACCACUAAGUUACCAGCGGAUGAGCCCGAGCUCCAUGGUACUUCAAGGGCAACAACAGUCUUGAGUCCUGUCCCCAAGCUGACUACAGCUGCGACCAUGUCCACUAUGCUCAGCACGGGAAAGGUCACCACUGCCCCCGUUUCUCAUUGGCUCACCAGCACCAGGGCUGUCUCCGACUUAACUUCCAGGACCACAAGAUCGGCUUCCACGCCCCCCCUCCUGGUCCUCCUAUCCAUGGCUUCCACCACUACCUCCAUCCUGCCCAUUGCCCCUGCUUCACCCUCUGAAAUGACCACAAUGAAAAGCACCCCUACGACCACAGUACCUACCACUGCACUGCAUAUAUCCACUGUCACAACUACAUCAGCUGUGAGCAUUCCACCCACCAAGGUGUAUAGGGAGACUUCUAUGCCAGAUAGUACUGAAACUGCUAAGUUGACUACACGCUCCACCACUGAGGCCACGCCUCUGCCAGCUACCGGUACUGCCAUCAAAACCUCCUUAACAACAGCUCCGUCAAGGCCUGUCCACACAGAGGCAGGGGCCAGCUCGAUACACACCACCGAAUCGACUACACCAGUGACCCUGCAAACAACACACCCAAGCACACUGGAGACAAGGCGUCCGCUUAUCUGGGAGAUAACUUCUGAGAAACUUGUAGCUACCUCCCCUGUUGACCUGAGAACAUCUACUACUCCAGUUUUACCCUCUGUUUCUACAUCAACAGUUAGAACUACACUUUUUCCUGCUACUGCUUCAACUUCUGAAUCUCCAAUUCCAACUAAAAAAACAACAGUAAUCUCAACGUCAGCAAUCUCUAGUACAGCUACGGGCGCAUCCACACUGCCAAUCCCAGAGACAUCUACCGAAACAACCACAGUCCAUCCAGUGACGUCAACUGUGUCCACUCUAAAGACCUCCCCAUCAGUCAGUCUGGAUAUAGCAACCACCGUCAAGUCUACAGCCACAUCGCCAGUGACAACUGUGACAUCAGACUCGGGAUUGACUACAACUAAUGUCAGUACUCUUAUGACACAGACCACUACCACUCAGGCCAUAGUGCUAGAUGUCUCUCACACGUCAGUGAAGUCUCCUGAGACCCCAGCAGUAACAUCAGAGGCACCCCACGUCAUAUCCACUGCCUCUGUUUCAACUCCUACAACAACAGGUGUCAUAACUCCAGGUUCAGAGACGUCAACUCUGCCCGUGACACUGAGUCCCACUGAGGCCACUACAAAAGCAGUCUCCUCGAUGGCUGCAAAGCAUCCAUCUGCACCUACCACAUCAACUGAAUAUGUUCCUUUCAAAACGUCACUCACUCCUGUGCAAUGGACUGACAGAGUUACUACAAGUGAGGUCCCAGCCAAACCAUUCACCUCAUAUAGCACCUCAACCACCGAGGUCCCCAGGGAUGUCUUCACAACAACAGCAGCAAAGCCUAUCAUGGUCACAGUCACAGAAGUCACUGUAUCUACAUCGCCAGUGUCUCAUCGUACCACAGCAGUCUCAGACACACCAUUUGCUGUAGCAAGUACUGAAAAGACGACCAUACUGCCAGAAAGCGAUACCACCACACAUUUGACAUCCAGCACUGAAACAGCAGCUCCAGAGACGCCAGCGGUCUCCCUCUUGACCACUGUGAUUCCAACUCAAACUACUGCUUAUUCCUCUACCACCAGACCACUAUCUGCUGUACCUACUUUAACAGAAACUACCAGCAUUUCAUCCACAAUGACGAAGACUGAGAAGGUCACGACCAUGCUAACAACAUCCCCAUCAUCCACACAUCCAGCAUUCACCACCUCGAGCACUGCCACUUCGGAGAAGAUGACUACUGUACACCUACCUGUUUGGACCACAGAAGAGACUACUAUAACCACAUCAACUCUGGGACCAACUGUAAGUAGAACAACAGGGGCCCCCACGUCCAUAGCAGUUUCUUCGACCGAGGCUUCCAUUAGGAUGACAACCACUGAGAGUGUCAGUGAAACUACUCCAUCAGAAAAACCUCCAGCACUGAGAACCACCACAACUGCUCCUGGGUAUCCUUCUUCACCUCAGGCUACCCUUCUAGCUACACUGAAAGUCACCACUCAUGCACCUACUUCAACGUCCACCCCUGCCAUUACUUCAGAGUCUCUGGACAAGACAACACUCCAUACCACAGUGAGAGAAACCACUUCAACCCCAGCACUCAGCUUGGCGACCAUCACUGUACCUCCUCUAGCUGUUACAGGCACCACUGGAGUGACGAGCAAGUCUCCUCCCAUUACUUUGGAAAGAACCACUGAAAGGACCACCAGAACACUGUCACCAGCCAGCCUAGUCACUGCUGUCAAGACUGAGAGCACAAGGCCUUCACUUCCCGACCGGAGGACAACCACAAUGUCAACCACUAUGGCUUCACCCUCAACACAUGUGGAAACGGUGGAGAUGUUGACAACAGUGUCUUCAGAGCUGUCCUCUACCACCUUGUCACCCCACACCGUAGCAACCACUAUACCCAUGUCCAUGCGCACCACCAAGGUUCCUGGGUCCACCACUGUUCCCUCAGCUAAGAUGUGCACGCCUCCUUACUCGGAGAUCAUUGAUGAAUGCACAAAGUAUGUUUGCGUGGGUGGGCAGCUAAUACUCUUCAACAAGUCGCAGAACUGCCCUUUCAAAGCCACCCCUCCUAACUGUGGCCUUCUUGGGUUCGCUAUCCUAGUGAAUGGAGAUAAGUGCUGCCCCCUAUGGGACUGCCCAUGCCGCUGCUCUGUCUUUCCUGACCUGAACGUGAUCACCUUUGACGGUAACAGCGUUGGUGUCUAUAAGGCCGCUUCCUACGUCGUCUCGCAGCUGCCUAAUGAAACCGUCAGCAUCCAGGUCCGGGAGUGUCGGAGCACAGACUCGGUCCCAUCAAAGUUGUUGUGGAACUUCACCAAUCUUUGUCUGGUCGCUCUCAACAUAACGCACAACUCUCAUCAAGUUCUGGUAAACCGACUCCAGAGAAGGCUGUAUGUCAAUUCACGGUACGCCAAGCCUCGCUUCAAGAAGAACGGAUUCGAAGUCCUGGACACUGGGAACAUGUAUCUGAUCCGGACACCAGCAGGCUUGAAGAUGCAGUGGUUCCACAGCACGGGGAUGAUGGUCAUUGAAACCGACGGCUACAACAACAAGCUGCCGACUAUGGGGCUCUGUGGCUGCUGUGACGGCAGCCCCGCCAAUGACCUGACUCUGUCCAAUGGGACCGCGUUGGGCAAGGGCGAGGACCCGGCAGUGUUCAUUGACAGCUGGCAGCUGCCCAACACCACAAGCUACAUCAGCCACAGCCGGCGCCGAGAGGUCAACUGCUCCACCAGCGACUGCUCUCGCUGCCUGGACAUGCUCCGCAACUCCACCUUCAGGCCCUGCCACGCCUUCGUUCCUCCUUCAGUCUUCUGCGAAGUGUGGGUUCGUGAUGAGGAGUAUGUAAAGAACCCCUGUGUGUCUCUGGCUGCGUACGUGGCCUCCUGCCACAAGUUCAACAUCUGUGUUAAGUGGAGGAGCCCGGAUUUCUGCCCUUUUGCCUGUCCGCCCGGACUACGUUACCAGGGCUGUCUGCCCGCCUGCACUGCCCAAUCCUGCCCCAACCAAGAGUUUGACUCAGAACCGGAAGAGUGUUCGGGCCUAACCGAGGGCUGCGUGUGCCCCGAGGGCACGGUGUUGCACCGGCCCUACUCUGCCCUCUGCAUCCCGUCUGAGAAGUGCGCUUGCACGGACAGUUCCGGAAACCCUCGUGCCCUGGGGGAGGUGUGGACAACCUCCAGGGAUGGCUGCUGCAUGUACAAGUGCGACAACGACUCCAUCGUCCCGGUGGAGUAUGACUGCACGGACGUCCCGCAGCCCGUCUGCAGAAGGAUGGGAGAGGUCGCCGUCAGUCUGGCGGAUGACAAGAGCUGCUGUCCCCGAAAGGCUUGCGUUUGCAAUCAGACUCUGUGCGAAAGUUACCCCCCUCAGUGUAAAUACGGGGAGAAGCUGGUCUCCUACUUCAGGGAGGAUUCCUGCUGUCCAGACUACAUCUGUGAAUGUGACCCCAGCCGCUGUGAGUCGGAUGUCCCAACCUGCCGGGAAGACCAGACCCUGAUAGCCACACGGGCAGAUGGGAGCUGUUGUCUGGCCUACAUAUGCAUGUGCGGCCCAUGUGCGGACGUCAUACCCCAGUGCCAGGAGGGUGAGGUGCUGACCGUCGACACCAACAGCACGGAACGCUGCUGCCCCGCCUAUCAUUGUGUAUGUGAGCCCUACAGGUGUCCCAAGGUCAGCUGCCUCCCUGGUAUGUCUGAGGUGACCGUGGCCUCGCCGGAGCGCUGCUGUCCGCUGCAGACGUGUGAAUGUGCCUGUGACACCAUCCCCAGGCCGAAAUGUCAUCUGGGCGAGACCUUGCAGGUGGACAGAGUGUUCCUCACAGAUCCGGGAAACAAGUGUGGGUGCAGAAGAUACAAGUGUGAGCGGGAGGCGGUGUGUUUGGAUGGGGAAAGGGGCGUGAUGAGACCGGGUCAGACCCUGGUGGAACACAGCCCAGAGGGUGUCUGUUACACCACCCAGUGCACCCACGCCCUGGACACAGCCACAGGAUUCUUCCGCACACGGGCCACCAGCAGAAACUGCUCUUCCCAAUGCCAGCCGAACCAGGUAUACAUUCCACCAAAGGACCAGAUGACAUGCUGUGGGUUCUGCAAGAACAUCUCCUGUAUGUACACAAAUGAAAAUGGCUCAGUUGAAUUGUACAAGCCUGGAAGGACGUGGGUGUCGGACUGCCUGAAGUAUGAGUGUACGGAUACUCUGUCUGGUCCCACGCUGGUCUCCUACCCCUUCAGUUGCCCCCCUUUCAACGAGUCGGAGUGCAUUAAGAUCGGGGGCACAAUACUGAGUUACAUGGGCGGAUGCUGCAGGACAUGUACUGGAUUGUCCCUGUUCCCAUUCCCUGUUAGCCCAUUGACUCCCACAGUUAGCACUGACUGUGAACGAGGCAAAGAAGACGGGAAGUCGUGCCAGAAGGUGACCGUCCGGAUGACAAUCAGGAAAAAUGACUGUCGGAGCAACAGGCCGGUGAACAUUGUGUCCUGCGAUGGAAAGUGCCCGUCGGCCAGCAUCUACAACUACAACAUCAACACCUACGCGCGGUUCUGUAAGUGCUGCCGCGAGGUGGGCCUGCAGAAGCGCUCCGUGCAGCUCUUCUGCAGUGGCAACUCCACCUGGGUGACCUACACCAUCCAGGAGCCUACUGACUGUUCCUGCCAGUGGUCCUAGCCGUGGUAAAUGGGUUCUGCCUCUGAGACCUGGGUCAGAGGCAAGCGAUGAAGCAUGGAAGAGGGCAAACGGGACAAAACAAAGCUCCCUCGAAGUAAAACUGACAUUUUGCAUGAAGGAACACCAUCUCCAGGCAGCCAGGGGUUUGUCUCACACGGGUUGCCUUCAGAUCCUUGCCGUUGGUAGGUGAUUAAAUCCUGUGUUUUUUGCUGGUACACUGACAAUCCCAUAACCUCACACUGGAGGAGAUUAGGCUGACAGGCUGAUUGUUGACUUGUGCAGUCAUGGCUACAUUUUGCCUUGUGAAUAUAUGAUCUCAUUCUAUUUGUCAGACCUUAAAAGAGCUACAGGCUGACUAGUUAUCCAUAUCAUUUCCUAAAAGUUCAUUGGCUGUGGUGGUAAUAUGGUAUAUCUAUUUGAGUACCACGUCAUAAAUGAUGAUUCACACUGAAGUAUAGCGUUGUUCGAUGCCUGUAAAACGAUGGAUUUUUUUUUUUAUUUACUUUUUUCAUUCUAGAAUCUGGGCACACAAGCAUAUAUUAGCAAAAAUGUGUUUAAUAAAUAUUCAUAUUUUGUACAUAGGUGAACUGAUGAUCGAAUACUACUUAGAUAAGUAUCUCUGUGUUUUUAAUGGGUUUUGCACAUACUUAGCUUAUAGGAUUGAAACACGUAUCUUUUUUUUGUGUGAAAUGCUUUCCAUAAAUAUCAGUGAAAUUAAGCUUUACAAUUAAAAUCAAACUGUUCUGAGUACUUUAUUUAUUUAUUCAUUUACAUACUGUAGAACAUUUUUAUUUAGUAAAUUUCUGCAAUGUAAUUAAGAUACUACUGCUAUUCUUUUACAAAAUUGAGAAUAAAAAGUGAACAUAAUUAAUGGUAAUAUCACACGGCGUCAUUUAAAAAUGCAUUUCAUAUUUAAGUAACCCCAGCAUAAAUGUUCAAUAAUUUGCCUUUUUCCUUUUUACGUUGCCUUUAAACUGGAAUAUAAACAUAGUAACAUAGUCUGUUUGUUUGGUGACAUUUAUGAUGCUUGGAAGACGGGCUGGAGAGAUCUGUGCCCUUGUCUUCUGCUUUGACUUGUUUUGCGACAGUGGAUGUGAUGGUCUCACUAAUGUGUAUCAUACUAAUGUACAUUUGCUUUUUCA